AUGCAAGAGGAGGAGCUAGCAAGUUUUGAGACGUCUCAGAAGACAGUGGAUGCGAGAGGAGGAGCUAGCAAGGCAGCCGCAUCUGCACCCGAAGCAGCUGAGUUGCUCAUAUGGCAAUGUUUCCUUGUCCCCUGUUUCCUUGCCUUUUUGUUUAUCACCAACCAGGCGGCAGUGGAUGCGAGAGGAGGAGUUGGCAAGGCAGCUGCAUCUGAGUCACUCAUGCGGCAACACGUCUCUGCUCCGUCGCUCUGUGCCUUAACCCCCCUUUUCUUCCCCCUACACCAUCAGGCGGCAGUGGAUGCGAGAGGAGGAGUUGGCACGGCAGCUGCAUCUGAGUCACUCAUGCGGCAACACGUCUCUGCUCCGUCGCUCUGUGCCUUAACCCCCCUUUUCUUCCCCCUACACCAUCAGGCGGCAGUGGAUGCGAGAGGAGGAGUUGGCAAGGCAGCUGCAUCUGAGUCACUCAUGCGGCAACACGUCUCUGCUCCGUCGCUCUGUGCCUUAACCCCCCUUUUCUUCCCCCUACACCAUCAGGCGGCAGUGGAUGCGAGAGGAGGAGCUGGCACGGCAGCUGCAUCUGCACCCGAAGCAGCUGAGGCGAACACUGAAGAUGCUGGAGGAGGAAUUGUUGAUCGUGCGCGAGCACAGGAAGGAGUGAAUGGUAACCACUUGAAGCAGCUGAGGCGGACGCUGAAGAGAUGGGAGGAGGAGUUGAUGAUCGUGCGCGAGCACAGGAAGGAGUUGAAGCAGCUGAGGCGGACGCUGAAGAGUCUGGAGGAGGAGCUGAUGAUCGUGCGCGAGCACAGGAAGGAGAACACGAGAGCAGCCAAGAAACUGAAGGGGGAGGGGGAGGAGGGGAAGGAAGGGGAGGGGGAAGGCGAGGGGUCGAAGUGGGAAGGCAAGCCAGGGCAAAAGCCGAAGCAGCACUCCCACUCCUACUGCUGCCUGCACUACCCCCAGAUCUACGAUGUGGUGAGGUACCGCAUCCACCGGGCGAAGAAGGCGAUAAAGGACGAAUUGGAUAGUCGCAAGGAGGUUAUGUACCUGCUGUGCCCCAACCCGCACUGCAAGGCCAGGUACUCCACACUUGACACUGACAGACUGAUCGAUCCAGUGGACUUCAAUCUCAAGUGCGAGCGCUGCCACUCAGAGCUGGAGGCGGAAUCUGACAUGCUGGGAGGGGGAGGCGGAGGCGGAGGGGUGGAUGGGGAGGAUAACACGCGGAAGAAGAAGAAAGAGGCUCUUCAAAACAUGCUGGCGAGAUUCGAGCGCCAACUGAAACCCCUGAUGGAGCAGAUAGUGAAGGUGAAGGACAUCACGCCGCCCUACUUCGGGUCUCUAUCCGAAUGGGAGGCCAAGGCGUCGCCCGCACAGAGGGCAGCCACAGUGGGGGGGGAGAUUCCCAAGGCUCUCCCCCGGCUGGCAGGGCCGGGGGGAGGGGGCGCCGGUUCAACUCCUCUUCCUUUCAUGGGGGAAACACGGGUGGAGGUUUCGAUUGGAGGGGAGGACGUGGGUGCUGCUGGUGGUGGGGGAGGAGGAGGAGGAGGAGGAGGAGGAGGGGGAGGAGGAGGAGAAGGAGCGUUGACAAAACCGGCAGAAAUGAAGGUUAUUCCGAAGUGGGCCAUACGGGAGGGUAUGGUGCUGACAGCUGCGCAGAGGGGGGAGGUGGAGGAGGAGAAACCGGGGGGCGACGGGGAGGGCGGGGAGGGGGGAGCGGGGGAAGGGGAUGGGGGAGCGGGGGAGGGUGCGGCGGGGGGAAUGUCGGCAGAGGAAGAGGCAGAGCAGCAGAGACUACAGGAAUAUUACAAGGCUUACUAUGCAGCAUUGCUGCAACAACUACAGGUGUAUCCCUCAGAUCCUCUUCCCCAGCUUCAACCUGUUCCUCCCCCCUGUUCCCCCACCCUCAUAUCACCAGGAAUACUACAAGGCAUAUUAUGCCGCAUUGCUGCAGCAGCAGCAGGCGGAGUGGACACCGCUGCCCCUACUGCUGCUGCUAUUGACACUGUUCCUCCCCUCUGUUCCCCCUUCCUUCAAGCACUGCCAACUACGCCUAUAGCAGCAGCAAUUCAGGAGGAGGACGAGGAGGCGGAUUAUGAGUGGGAGGAUGGGGAUGGGGUGGAUGGUGGGGUGGGAGGGAGCGGGGGGGAGGUUCGUGGGGACGGGAGUGGGGGAGGGGUGAGUGGAGGGGCAGGGAGUGCGGGUGGAACAGGGGAUGGGGCUGGUGUUGCGGUUACCCCGGAGCCGGUGGGGGUAGGAGAGGCUGAGGGUGAGGAUGAUGAGGAUAUAGAAUGGGAUGAGUAA